UUCGUUAACGAUUCCGAUGGCUACGACUGAUGGUUUUAGCUUGCUGAUUUUCAACCAUGAAAUAUAUAGUAUAUCUAACGAAAUGCCACAUUAGGUACCAGAAUAUUAAUUCUCGUUGAUUGAUUUUUAAAUAUAUCUGUCUGGUUAGUGUUCCAUCGGAAGUAUCGUAAAGCGAGCUCAGUUCCCGUCAGUCCCUCAAUGUUCAAAGAUGUUCAACAAGCUUAACUUUCUGGUGUGGGUGGUCGUGCUACUGUAUUCGAUCGCUGAGAUAUCAUCCAAAUUUGAGUUUACAAACAUCAAGUGCACUUCAUUGGAUGCAAAGUUUUCCGAUUUCGAAUAUUGUUAUUUGAGGUCGAUCAAUCGUACCUACAAGUAUAUGUCCGUGAAGGUGAAUUUAUUUGACACUCCCAUCACCAAAAUCAAGGUGAAUGGAGCCCUGUACAAGAGAUUCAGCGGUUACAGACCGUUCAUGUACAAUGUGACGAUAGAUGCCUGCAGAUUCCUGAGGGAUACGGCGUCCAACCCCGUCGCAGGAUACCUAUUUAAUUUCUUUAAAAAGUACUCCAAUAUGAACCAUGCAUGCCCGUAUGAUCACGAUCUGAUAUUCGAAAAGCUUCCCAUUGAUUUUGUUAAUGAACAGGCUACAAAAGUUCUACCCUUUCCGGAGGGGGAUUACCUUUUAGAAACCAAUUGGUUUGCCUACGACAUCAAACGGGCUGUGGUGAAAGUCUAUGGCACACUUUCAUAAGUGAAAUACCCUUGGUAUAACUAUGUUUUUUCCGUGUGCA